UACAGACUGACACACACACACACACAGACACACUCACACACAAGACAUUCAGGAGGGAAAGGGUGUGUGACUGUGUGAGGGAGAAAGAGUGGGAGACCAAAUCCAAGACGCAAAGGGAAACAGAAACAGCGAGACAAAGUGCAGGAGACAGAGCCAAUAGUUUGAGUGACUUUCACUGGCGGUUAAGGGCCUGUAGUGAAGAACUUACAAGGGAUCAUGGAGUAACAGGACUUGAUUGACAAGAGAACAACGUACUCCACCUGUUCGGCAGCGAGGGCUACUGUUGGAAGACUGAUCUCGGCUAGACUUACUGAUGGGAGCUUAUUGGACAAGCUCUUUCUUUAUUUUGAACUUGUGACACACUGGACAGCUUGAGGAUUGAAGAGAGCAAACAAAGGAAAACCAAGAUUUCCGAGGACAUACACCACAGCUUCGAGUAAGACUGGGAUCAAACCCUUACCCUUAAAGACAAAAUAGAAAGGACUGUUGUAUUUUGAUUUCUUAAGUGUUUUCUAUAUGCAUGUUUCAUAGACGAAGCUGUACCAUUUCUUUCCUAAACAACUUACCUAUCAACAAGGAUAUUUUAUCACUUUGAUCUACUCAUUUACUAUUACAAACUACCAUAAAAACGUCGACAAAACAGUGUAUGAAUGUAACUUAAACACAGUUUUGUAAUUACACAGUAAGCUCAGGGUAAACUGACAGACGUUUGUAAUUAAAGACCAACAGAAGAAAGGGUGAGGUCUACAUCGACAGAGGAGACCGCAAGGACACCAAGACAGAGAACAGGACCCAGAGAACCGAACCAAAAAAAAAAAACACACCAUGGAUUCUCAUGGAGGACACUACCUCAACAAAGAAGCUGUGUUGUCACCUUUAGGCGCAGCCCGAAUGUGCCAGAUGCUCUUCGGCUGCACCAUAUUGGCCCUUGUGUCCCACAGUGCAGGCUACAGCGCCACCUAUGGAACCUUCUGCAUGUUUGUGUGGGGCUUCUGCUUCGCUGUGACACUGGUCGUGUUCACCUUGGACAUCACGCGGCUCCACGCAUGCAUGCCCAUUUCCUGGGAUAACUUCACCGUGGCCUUUGCCAUGUUGGCAACUCUCAUGUACAUCACUGCCUCUGUGGUCUAUCCUGUUUACUUCCUCCAGACAGAGUGCCCGGAUGAAAGCUGCGAGAUCCAAAUCUACCAAAUUGCUGUCACUGUCUGCUCCAGUGUCUGCUGUUUCCCCUACGGAGUUGAGGUGUUCCUAACUCGAGCCAAACCAGGGGCUGUGGUUGGCUACAUGGCCACGGUGUCCGGUCUACUCAAGGUUAUCCAGGGUUUUGUGGCCUGCAUAAUUUUCGGGGCUCUAGCCAAUGACAUGGAAUACAACAACUACAUUGCCACCCAGUACUGUGUAGUGGUGUACAGCCUGUGCUUCUCUGUGACUGUGAUAGUGGUCAUCGUGACCGUCUCUGGAAGGUCAUCAGCACUGCGGUUCCCCUUUGACCGAUUCGUAGUUGUCUACACCUUCUUUGCUGUGAUCCUCUACCUCAGUACUACACUUAUCUGGCCAAUCUUCAGUUUUGAUAGAAAAUACGGCAUCACCGACCGUCCUGAGGACUGCCCACGUGGAGAAUGUCCCUGGGACAGUAAGCUGGUGGUGGCAGUGUUCACCGGUGUCAACCUAAUCUUGUAUUUUGUUGAUCUGAUUUACUCCCAGAGGAUCCGCUUUGUCUCCAGAUCUGCUGUCUAAAUGUCACCCCUUCAAGACAAUUAAUCCUCAGAGACAAGUGGACAGGUUUGAGUAUGCAACAUGCCGUCCACAGUCAGGUCUCAUUCACGGACUCAUUCCCUUGAAUCCACAAAUUGAUGGUGUUAUUUCUGUGUAACAAUUUUUAUUAUCAGUAUUCAGCAUUCUAGUAUUGAGCCUCUUUGUUCAGCAGUCAAAACUGAAAGUAUUGCCCAUGAUACAGUAUUUGUGAAAAAAGGCUUUUGCAAAGUUGUGUAAUGACCUUCCAGGGAGAGCAUGCCAGGUGCACCGUUUAGCUGAUGUUAGCAAUACGAAAUACGUCCAUCUCAGCACCAAAUACAUCCCUCCUCUCCAACUUCCUUUGGUGGUCUCGCACAAGACAGACGUAAGAUAAUGUUUAGAGUAUCAGAGCAGUACUAUGUUAGAUAGACACCCUAAGUCUUACAAAGACUCAGAAAUGUAUUUAAUUGUAUUUAAACAAAUAAAUUAAUGAAAAAAUGACUCAUAGAGAAGCAUAGUAAACGUUAAGUCUGCAGUGUGCACUGAAAGUAGCGGUUGGGUUUGGCAUUACGGACAUUUUGGUGUUUGCUUAUGUUGUUAAUUUCAGUAAUGUUCCUAAUAGAAUGUCAAAUUUCACAUUUAUAAGGCUUUUCCAGUUAUCCACUGAAUUGUCAAUGUAUCUAAUACACGGAAGUUUUGAGAGCAGGUGUAAAGACAGCAUCAAAUUGAUUAUUUGUGAUGAGAAUGAUCAUGAUGUGUAAUAUUUUGUCUUUUAAUACAUUUCUAAUGUGUCCUACGUUUAAUUAAAUAUCUAAUAUUUUGUUGUGUUUCUUUUAAAAUUUCUUUAAACAAAAUACUUCUAAUUCAUGUGUGAACUUUUAGUUUCUACUUUCAGGAAACAGGAGACUUGUGUUGGACAAACAAACCAGAAAUAUCCUUUGUAAAUUGGGAAAUGUUUGAAAUUGGUGAUUUUCGAAAGGUUAAGAUUCUUUAUUGUCAUAUAAAUUGGUUGUUAUACCAUUACAAGAAAUUCUUACAUUGCCAGUCCUCCAUUGACAUAAGUCUUCAUACAAAAAGGAUUGAACAUAGAAAUAAAAUACAGAAUUAAAUCUAUACAUGGUGCUUUCGGGCUGUGCUAUAUGACCUAAAACGUUUUGUCAAUAUAAAAGAUAAAUCAUACCAGUCAUUAUGAAUAAUUAUCACUAUAAAUAUCACAUCAUUAUUUCUGUUAAGUAAAGAGACAGAUUGUUGCUCUUAAGUUGAACCUUCCUGUUUUAAACUAUUGAUAAAUUGAUAGACAGCUAACCAUUUUACAAAUCUGAGGUCA